GUCCGUUUACUUAAAUUGGGGGCGUUAUCUCUCGUCAAAUAGAUCCAAACACUUCGUUUGCCGUUUGAAAAGAGAUAUCUUCAGCGGGGACCUUAGCAGUGUUCUCAUCAUGAUUCAGGUGAUUGGAGGCUUAAGUUUUCUUUUAGCUUUGGCGAGAGGUCAAUACACUCCCGAUUGGGAGAGUUUGGACGCCAGACCGCUUCCGGCAUGGUAUGACGAUGCUAAAGUCGGCAUAUUUAUGCAUUUUGGACCUUACGCGGUUCCAGGUGUCGAGUCCGAAUGGUUUUGGAUGCAGGCCAUGCGAAAUGAGAGUGAAGGUGAUCAGAAGUGCGCCAAAUAUCUUGAGGACUACUUCCCUCCUAAGUUUGUUUAUCAAGACUUUGGGCCUAUGCUUACCAUGGAUUUCUUUGAUACUGACUUCAUCUCCGAUCUUGUUGUGGAUUCUGGAGCCAAAUAUCUUGUGUUCACCUCGAAGCACCAUGAUGGUUACUGCAAUUGGCCUUCAACCUACAGCUACGGCUGGAAUUCCAUGGCAGUUGGACCGCGACGAGACGUCCUUGGGGAAUUAAAAUCAUCGUUCGAGAAGAGACACCCUGAUUUCCAUUUUGGUGUUUAUUACUCUUUGUUUGAAUGGUUCAAUCCCAUUUACCUCAAGGACAAAGAAAAUAAUUUUACGACAAGGGAGUAUGCUUUAAACAAGAUGCAACCAGAAAUGAAAGAACUCAUCAACAAGUACUCCCCAGAUGUCCUGUGGGUGGAUGGUGAUUGGGAAGCCAAACCCGAGUACUUUGGUUCUAAAGAUUUCUUAGCCUGGCUUUACAAUGAAAGUCCAUCCAAAAGCAACAUUGUUACCAACGAUAGAUGGGGCCAAGGAACCGCCCAAAAACAUGGUGGAUACUAUUCUGGCCCCGAUCGGUUCUCCCCUGGGACGCUCCAAGCCCAUAAGUGGGAGAACGCCAUGACCGUUGAUAAGAUAUCUUGGGGUCACCGACGAGACAUCAAUAUUGAGGACAUCCUAUCCAUGGAUGAAAUGGUCACUGAAAUCACAAAGACCGUCAGCUGCGGUGGCAAUAUCUUAAUCAAUGUUGGUCCAACCAAGGAAGGAACCAUUAUCCCCGUGUUUCAAGAACGACUUCGUUCAAUUGGAGCGUGGUUGAAGGUCAAUGGAGAAGCUAUCUAUGGUUCCAAGCCUUGGACCACACAAAAUGAUACUCUGUCUUCGAACGUGUGGUACACUAAGAAAGGAUCCGACGUGUUUGGAAUUGUCUUGGGGUGGCCAAAAGAUGACGUCAUUCUCCUUGGAGCACCUAAGGUAGAGCAAGGGCAAACGAAGAUAACCAUGUUAGGAUUCUCAGGCACCCUGGAUUAUACAACUGAGUUUCAAGGUGUGGCCGUUCAAUUCCCGUCCUUAGGGAAGGUUUUGCAAGGCUGCUCUUCGGGUUGCCAAUGGGGAUACGUCUUAAAAUUUGAAGGAUUAGCCAAGGACGAUGACUAUAAAGUGGAUAUCAGCAUUGAAGUUUGAAUUGGGUUUUAAAAGAAUCCAAUGUAUUUGUUGUCAUGUUUGUAUUUGAAACUGAAUGGGCAAUGAGAUAUGAUGUUUUUACCAAAAUUUUUGCUUGCUGCAUAUUGUAAACAUCAAAUAAAUAUCAUUUGGAAUCUG